GGGGCCCUGGCCGUGCCCCACCUCGGCAUUGCGGUGGACGAGGGCGACGUGUUGCCCGGGGCGCUGCGGCUCAUGCGGGAGCUGAGACCCGCGUGGGAGACGGCGCGGGUGAAGACCAAGCUUUUCACCGACGGCAUCACCAACAAGCUGGUGGCCUGCUACACGGACGAGGGCAUGGCCGACGCGGUGCUGGUGCGCGUCUACGGCAGGAAGACGGAGCUGUUUGUGGACCGGGAGCCGGAGCUGAAAAACUUCCAGGCGCUGCAAGCGCACGGCUGCGCCCCCGACCUCUACUGCGCCUUCCAGAACGGGCUGUGCUACGAGUUCCUGCCGGGAAUCGCCCUGGGACCGGACCACGUGCGGGACCCCUGCAUAUUCAGGCUGGUGGCCCAGGAGAUGGCCCGGGUUCACGCCAUCCACGCCAACGGCAGCAUCCCCAAGCCCAUCCUGUGGCAGAAGCUGCACAAAUACCUCGCCCUCGUGAAGAUGGACCUCAGCCCAAAGGUAUCCAACCCCAGCCUCCAUGCGGACAUGCCCAGCCUGGAAGUGCUUGAGCAGGAGCUGGCCUGGAUGAAGGAAACCCUCUCGCAGCUGGGGUCUCCUGUGGUGCUUUGCCACAACGACCUGCUCUGCAAGAACAUCAUCUACAACGGCACCGAAGAGCACGUGCGCUUCAUAGACUACGAGUACACCGGCUACAACUACCAGGCUUUCGACAUCGGGAACCACUUCAACGAGUUUGCGGGCGUGAAGGAGGUGGAUUACCGCCUGUACCCCAGCAAGGACACCCAGCUGCAGUGGCUGCGCUCCUACCUGCAGGCCUACAAGCAGCUCACGCAGGGCGACCAAGGAGGCCGGGGAGCGGUGGUGUCGGAAAAGGAGCUGGAGGCUCUCUACGUGCAAGUGAACAAGUUUUCCUUAGCGUCCCACUUCCUCUGGGCAUGCUGGGGCCUCAUCCAAGCUAAAUACUCCACCAUAGACUUUAACUUCCUAAGAUAUGCAAAGCUCAGAUUUAAACAGUACUUCAAGAUGAAGCCGGUAGUCACAGCCCUGCAGCUUUCCAAAUAGCAUCUCCGGCCCGCGAGACCCUGAGCUAUUUUGUCCUUGCUGCGUCCCAGCCCUCGCCUCCCUCUCGCCCUUCCCAGCCGGGGCCGAGGGCAGAUCCCGAUGGUGGGAAGGGGGAAGAGGAUCUCUGCCCCAGCCACCGAUUAAAGGAGACCCUGGACACACUGAGACUGGACCAUGAGACGCUACAGAGGGCCACGGCCUCAGCGAGGCCCCGGCCUCCACCAGCAAGCCUUUACCAUCGCCUUAAC